CUAAGUCCUUACUCCACUGGGAAGCUUAUGCUGUCUUAUACUUUCUAAUACGUGAAGGCGGCCGCGAGAAAUGGAUGCUAGCUUCCUGAACCUGAAGUGAGUCUGGACUCUGAAGAGAGAAACAGGCUGUGAGAGCUAGACUGAGCCUUUUAAAGUUGUUUGCAACCCGCUUGCAUUACAGUGCCACAACUUCCCUGAACGCUUUCAGCAAUCACGGUAUUAUGUCUCUCAUAAGUGCUCAAGUUUCCCACCAUGCACUCAUUGCGAGACCCUUCACAGUGAGAUGGAGAAAUUCUUAGGAGACGAUGUGGAGGAGUCUCGGGCGGCCCUGCAGCGCUGUCCCCCUGGCCAUUAAGCUGCGGGGCGUCUCCUGUCUAACCUCGAUGAGGCUAUGGGGCUCCGUUGAGCUGCACUGGAGCUCAGUCCCCCCAGUCGUUCUUAUCGGCCCGCAUAUUUCUUCCACCUUGCCUACAGUCUCUAAAAGAGAUUUGAGCAGUCGGGCGUCCUGCAUGACCUCGCUGCAUUGGAGCUUUGUGGCCUAUUAGGUCAUUCUGUUCGAUUCAUGUCUCUUAACAAUCUUGCUAUCUGUGAUUCGAGCAGCGGGGCUUCCCGUCUGACAUUGACGAGACCACUGAGCUCAAUAGAGCUACCAGCCAGCCACGGUUUCUCAGCGU